UUACUCAGAUAAUGAAACUGCUGUUUAUACAUUAAUGCCAAUGGUUAUGGCUGAUCAACACAGAUCUGUUUCCGAACUACUAUCAAAUUCAAAGUUUGAUGUUAAUUAUGCAUUUGGACGUGUGAAAAGAAGCUUGCUUCACAUUGCAGCAAAUUGUGGAUCUGUGGAAUGCUUGGUUCUGCUGUUAAAGAAAGGAGCAAAUCCUAACUAUCAAGAUAUUUCAGGCUGUACACCACUUCAUUUGGCAGCUAGAAAUGGGCAGAAGAAAUGCAUGAGUAAAUUAUUAGAAUACAGUGCUGAUGUCAACAUUUGUAAUAAUGAAGGCCUUACAGCAAUACACUGGCUGGCUGUGAAUGGGCGGACAGAGCUACUCCAUGACCUUGUACAGCACGUCAGUGACGUCGAUGUUGAGGAUGCAAUGGGGCAGACAGCGCUGCAUGUAGCCUGCCAGAAUGGUCACAAGACGACAGUGCAAUGCUUGCUAGACAGUGGUGCUGAUAUUAACAGGCCAAAUGUAUCAGGAGCCACUCCAUUGUACUUUGCUUGCAGUCAUGGUCAGAGAGACACAGCACAGAUUCUUCUAUUACGAGGAGCCAAAUACCUGCCAGAUAAAAAUGGAGUAACCCCUCUGGAUUUAUGUGUACAAGGUGGAUAUGGAGAGACCUGUGAAGUAUUAAUUCAAUAUCACCCUAGGCUUUUCCAGACAAUUAUUCAAAUGACACAGAAUGAAGAUCUCCGAGAAAACAUGUUACGGCAAGUUCUAGAACAUUUGUCUCAGCAAAGUGAAAGCCAGUACCUAAGGAUUUUAACAAGCCUUGCUGAGGUUGCCACAACAAAUGGUCAUAAACUGCUUAGCCUGUCUAGUAAUUAUGAUGCUCAAAUGAAGAGCCUUUUAAGGAUUGUGAGGAUAUUUUGUCAUGUCUUUCGAAUUGGUCCUUCCUCUCCCAGUAAUGGAAUCGAUAUGGGCUACAACGGGAAUAAAACACCAAGAAGCCAGGUGUUCAAGGUCAGAAAAGUAUAUGACGUUGUUAUGAAGAUAGACGUAAAAGAGAUGAAUUUGACAAAGCAUGCUUUCAUUAAUCAGAAACCUCAUACACAGGACCCUCUCGAAUUGCUUUGGCACUCAUUAGAUGAAUGGCUAGUUUUAAUAGCUACAGAACUGAUGAAAAACAAAAAGGACUCAACGGAUAUCACUUCUAUUUUACUAAAACAAAAAGGCCAAGAUCAAGAUGGUACUUCCAUUCCUCCAUUUGAACCUCCAGGACCUGGGAGCUAUGAAAAUCUAUCCACUGGUACCAGGGAAUCUAAACCAGAUGCUCUAGGAGGGAAACAGGAAGCCGGUGCAGACUGUCAGGAUGUUAUUUCUAUGACAGCUAACCGGCUAAGUGCUGUCAUUCAAGCUUUUUACAUGUGCUGUUCUUGUCAGAUGCCUCCAGGAAUGACUUCACCCCGUUUCAUCGAAUUUGUCUGCAAACACGAUGAAGUCUUAAAAUGCUUUGUUAACAGAAAUCCCAAAAUUAUAUUUGACCACUUUCACUUUCUCCUUGAAUGUCCUGAGUUGAUGUCAAGAUUUAUGCAUAUCAUAAAAGCACAGCCAUUUAAAGAUCGCUGUGAAUGGUUUUAUGAACAUUUGCAUUCAGGACAAGCAGAUUCAGACAUGGUGCAUAGACCAGUGAGUGAGAAUGACAUCCUGCUGGUUCACAGAGAUUCCAUUUUUAGGAGUAGCUGUGAAGUCGUGUCAAAAGCAAAUUGUGCAAAGCUAAAGCAAGGAAUUGCUGUACGGUUCCAUGGAGAAGAAGGCAUGGGUCAAGGCGUUGUGCGUGAAUGGUUUGAUAUUCUGUCUAAUGAGAUAGUCAAUCCUGAUUAUGCAUUGUUUACCCAGUCAGCUGAUGGAACAACUUUUCAGCCUAAUAGCAACUCCUACGUAAAUCCUGAUCACCUGAACUAUUUCCGUUUUGCUGGACAGAUCUUGGGGUUAGCUUUGAACCAUAGGCAGCUGGUCAACAUUUACUUCACAAGAUCAUUCUAUAAGCACAUUCUUGGUAUUCCUGUAAAUUACCAAGAUGUGGCAUCUAUUGAUCCAGAAUAUGCCAAGAAUUUGCAGUGGAUUUUAGAUAAUGAUAUUAGUGAUCUGGGUCUAGAACUGACUUUUUCUGUUGAGACUGAUGUGUUUGGAGCAAUGGAAGAGGUACCUUUGAAACCUGGGGGUGGAAGUAUUCUGGUGACACAAAAUAACAAAGAGGAGUAUGUCCAGCUUGUUACAGAACUUCGAAUGACAAGAGCCAUCCAACCUCAGAUCAAUGCUUUUCUCCAAGGCUUUCAUAUGUUCAUUCCACCUUCCCUCAUACAGCUGUUUGAUGAAUUUGAGUUGGAGCUACUGCUUUCUGGCAUGCCAGAAAUUGAUGUGAGUGAUUGGAUAAAAAAUACAGAAUACACAAGUGGCUAUGAAAGACAAGAUCCAGUUAUUCAGUGGUUCUGGGAAGUUGUGGAAGAUAUUACUCCAGAGGAGAGAGUUCUUCUCCUGCAGUUUGUUACUGGCAGUUCCAGGGUCCCACAUGGUGGAUUUGCUAAUAUCAUGGGUGGAAGUGGAUUGCAAAACUUUACAAUUGCUGCUGUGCCAUAUACUCCAAAUCUUCUACCGACUUCAAGCACAUGCAUCAACAUGCUCAAGUUACCUGAAUACCCAAGUAAAGAAAUACUCAAGGACAGACUUCUUGUGGCACUGCAUUGUGGCAGCUAUGGCUACACAAUGGCAUAGUGGAGUCCGGAAAGCUCAUCUGACUGCUGAUGCACAGUCCGAGUGGCAGAAGUAAUUUAGGAAAUGUCAACAGAAAAGCAGCCUCAAGGCAGUUCAUGGGCAGGGCUGUUUAAAAUUCAUCAAGGAUCAGGUUUUCUCCCCUGCCCCUUUUCCCUUUUAUGUUUUCUCAGUUUGUGAUACACUUAGAAAAUAGAAAAUCACAGUAGCCUUCAUUUUAAAGAAUGCUAACUGAAAGUAGUAGAAACUGUCCUUAUAUUUCUUUAAUCUUAUUCAAGAUUGUAUUAAGGCAAAAUCUUGUUCUACAUUCCACCUCUGCUAUGUAACUGUCUUGUUUAAAGGAUGUUUUCUCUUUACUUUUCUGUAUAUUAAAAUAUAGUAGGACAUCCAACCUGGUAUGUCCUAUCGCAUGUAAAGUGCCAUUUAUA